AUGACAGUCGCGCGUUGGCUAAGGUUCCAGAGAAAGGGUCUGGCCAUGCUGCAUGUGGCCCGGGGGGUCUGGGGGUCCAGGGUCCGGGUCUUGCCCGCGCUCCUCGGGCCCCCCCGGGCCCUGUCAUCGCUGGCUGCCAAGAUGGGGGAGUACCGCAAGAUGUGGAACCCCAAGGAGCCCCGCAACUGGGCCCAGCAGUACCGCGAGCGCUUCAUCCCGUUCUCCAAGGAGCAGCUGCUCCGCCUUCUGAUACAGGAAUUCCACUCCAGUCCGGCAGAGAAGGCAGCUUUGGAGGAGUUCUUGGCCCAUGUGGAGUUCUGCACUUUGUUCCACUACCACGAAAUCCUGGACCGGCUGCAGGCCUUGUAUGACCCCAUCAACCCUGACAGGGAGACCCUGGACCAGCCUUCCCUAACGGACACCCAGCGUCUGUCCAAAGAGCAGGAAGUACUUAGGGCUCUGGAGCCCCUGCUGACCCAGGCCAACUUCUCCCCGCUCUCCGAGGACACCCUGGCCUACGCUCUGGUGGUUCACCACCCUCAGGAUGAGGUCCAGGUGACAAUAAAUUUGGAUCAGUACAUCUACAUGCAUUUCUGGGCUCUGGGCCAGCGAGUCGGGCAGAUGCCCCAGAAGUCCAGUGUGGGCUCCAAACGUGGCUUCUUCACCAAGUCACCCCCCACAGAGAGGAGAUACUUUAAACGGGUGGUGCUGGCAGCCCGGACGAAGGGAGGGCACCUGGUGCUGAAGAGCUUCAAGGACACGCCGCUAGAGGGACUGGAGCAACUGCUGCCUGAGCUAAAAGUGCGCACGUCGACCCUACAGCGUGCCCUGCUCAACCUCACGCUGAUUGUUUCUGGUGUGGCGCUGUUUGUCAAUGUGGGCAUGGUGGUCCUGUCCGACCUCAAGGUGGGCACCUCAUUGUUGCUGCUCUUCUUUGCUGUCUUCAUGGGCCUGCGGGCCUCCAAGAUGUUCGGGCAGCGGCGCAGCGCGCAGGCGCUGGACCUGGCGCACAUGCUCUACUACCGCAGCACGUCCAACAACUCGGAGCUGCUCACUGCCCUGACCCUGCGCGCGCAGAGCGAGCACGCCAAGGAGGCGCUGCUGGCGCGCAGCUUCCUGGCACGGCUGCCGGGUGGCGCGAACCGCCGACCCCAAGAGACAUCCCAGUGGCUCCAGUCGGAGGUGGAGAGCUGGCUCCUGACCCAGUCGGGCUGCGAGGUGAACUUCAACGGUGCUCGGGCUGUGGCCCACCUGCAAGCUCUGACCCCCAGCAUCGGGCUCUACCCUCCCCGGGGUUUCCCCAAACUAGACCAGCAGACUUCAGUUACUUCUGAGAUCCCCCAGGCCACACCUCGCAGUGACAACCCCUAACAGCAACCUCCUUGCUUAGACCGGUUUACGCACUUGGCUUGGCACUAAGCCCCGCUGCUUCGACGAGCUGUCAAUCACAGCCACGGAACUUCGCCACGCUUCAACUCCAAUUACUGAGGCGUGGCAAUCACUUUAGCCAGAGGGUCAAACAGAGCAGCCAAUCAAGGCAGCCCACAGUUGCUAGGCUUCUGAUGAACAGCCAAUCAAAGCUAGUUCUGCUUCUGUUCUAUUGUUUAGUCCCACCCCCACCUUAAACUGAGUGGUUUGACUAGGGGAUAGGGGCGGUACCAGCCUAUCACGGCAGGUCGGCUCUGUCUUUUCUAAACCACCAGGCACAGUAAAACUGUGCUCUGCGAAGUCUACAUAUCACUGUCUGUUUAGCCUGCUCUUGGCAAACUGCCCGUCCUGUGUACUAAGCCAGGUGCCAGCCAGCAGCCAAUGAGAGCCAUUUAGCUCUGUCCCCUGGCAAACGGCCAGUGACAGCUGCUGGGCACUAUCAACCUUGGACAGCCAGUUGUCGCUGCUCAGAAGCAACCAAUCAGAAUUUCUAAAGGAAACUCGAUCUUUGUAACUAUUGCCGCUGCGUAUGUGGCGGGCCAUCUGGUCAGCUGCUGAUCAGCUCAUCCCGGCUGAAGGGGUGGGAGCCCUGUGCCAGGCAGAAAGCUGUGGGCCUGGAGGAACCAGACACCGUCUUCACCCCAAGACUCUCCUACUCAGGCUCCCGACAACCUCAGGUGCCUUUCUGACCCUUCUACAGCAACUACCUCGUUCUGGACCCCCACUGUCAGCGGCCUGUGCAACAUUUAUGGGUCUAUCAAUUUCUCCUCUAUCUCCUCCCAAAGGAAUAAAUCAUGUUUAGUAAGUCUUGAUGAGUAGGGUGAGGUGGAUGGGGGAGGGGCUGCAGGACGUGGAGGGACGGAAGGCAUCCGAAUCCUGGAAGGGACUCGAUCUCGGGGGAUAAAGGGGGUGCUAAUGCAUGUGGGUACUACCAGCCUUGGGCAGGCAGGCAGAGAAAGCUGUAGUCCUAGAGGGAGGCUGGGUUCUUGGUUGGUGAGAUAAAGACGGGUUGUGGGUCAGAGAAGAGAAUCUUGGGAGGACCUGGUUCCUGAGAAGAGGCCCUGGGUCCAAUGAGCUGAGAUAGGGAGGCUGUGUACCGUUGUGCAGGUUGGUCACUGCACAAAGGUACACAGCCAGGGGAUGUUGUUGUUAGGUGCCAUAGCGACCUCAUGUGCAGAGUAGAACUGCCCCAUAGGGUUUCCUAGGAUGUAAGUAAUCUUUACAGGAGCAGAUAGAUUGACAGGUCUUGUCUUCUGAGGAGCCACUGGGUGGGUUCAAACCUCCAACCUUUCAGCCAUCAGCCAAGCACUCAACCGUUGCGCCACCAGGGCUCCUAUGGGUAGGUGUAAAAUCCAGUCUGUGCCCCUUGUUCCUGUGUGUUCUGGUAUGGGCCGGGUCAUAUGGGCCAGAAAUGGCCUUUGGGGUCAGAGGCAGCCUUUGGGGAAAGGGGAGAAGAGUGAUUGGGUCCUAGUGAGGGAGGGAAACUGGGUUCCAAGAGGGAAAAGGAAAACUCUGUUCCUAGAAGAAAGGUCAGAAAGACAGGAAAGGACAAAAAAAAAAAAAAAAAAAAAAGAGGAUCAGUAAUCUAGAACACACACACCAUGCCUAGGUCCCAAAGAGAAAAAGAGUGACAGACCCUUGUGGAAGAAGAGAGAACUGGGAACCGGGACUCCUGAGUCCUAAUAGGGUUUGCUUAGACUCGGGCUAGUUCUUUCUCAGAAGUGCCUGGAGGUCUAGCAUCAGGUGCGGGCGGGCUCCUGGGUCCUAAGACAGGAGAGGCUUGGGCCUGUGGGAGGAGAAAGGCGGCAGGGGACUAGGACUCCUGUGUCCAGCAUUCCGAGGGCGAGUGGCUGGGGUGGACUCUCCUUGGCUCAGGAGGGGUCAGGCGCGAGCAGCCUGGGUCCCUAGAGGAGGCAGGCAGGAAGGAAAGAGGGAAGGGCAGGGCCCGCGGUUAUACGCUUUUAUUUGUUGGAAGACACUCGGAGGAGGGAGCUUCCGUGUGCAGCGAAAAGGCCGGUAGCGGCAGGGCAACGCAGACUGCUCACUCUCGCUUCCGCAGGUGGAUGUAGAUGAUGCCGCUGGCCAGGGCGAGGGGGAAGGCCACCCAGGCCAGGGCGAAGCAGUAUCCGAAGCUGCCCUCGGACGUAUGGUGCUUCAGGAUCUCCUUGGCGUGGAUGGCGUAGAUCAGGGCUCCAGUGAAUACUGUCACGCCUGCGGGGAGACGGAAACCACGCAUCACUCAGGAUCCGCAAGACGACUACAUUUCCCACCAGCCCCUGGGGCAAAGAAGCCAACGGAGGGCGCGUGGGCAGCACCGCUGCUUGCUGGGAGUUGUAGUACGCUCCCCCUACCGCCAUGUACCGAGGGUACUACAGAGUAGCCUCGGGCAAUUUAUUUAAUCUCCGUGGGUCCCGUUUAUUCAUUCACAAAACAAGACGACUGUAUUCAUUCACUCAUGCCAAUCACGCAAGGAUUGAAUUAGUAAAAUAAACAAUUUAGGAGGAUAAUGUUCCAUAAACUGAGGAAUACGAUUAACGGAAGGAGCCUUGAUGGCGCAGUGGUUAAGCGCUCGGCUGCUAUCUGAAAGGUCGGUGGUUUAAAGCCACCAGCCCCUCUGUGGGAGAAAGAUAUGGCAGCCUGCGUCUGUAAAAAUUUACAGCCUUGGAAGCUCUGGGGCAGCCCUGCCCUGUCCUAUAGGGUCGCUAUGAGUCGGAAUUGACUCAAUGGCAGUGAGUUUGGGGUGUUUGGUUUUUGAGUAACCGAGCCUUUUGCACCUGAAGUCAAGAAAAUUAAAAUGUAUGCAAAACUCCCUGAAGUGUCUGGUACCCAGUAGGUUCACAAGAAACAGCAGCUGGUUGCCAUUAUAAUACCACUACUAUGAUGAUUCUGGAAACUUUGGUGGCAUAGUGGUUAAAAGCUAAUCAAAGGAUCGGCAGUUUGAAUCCACCAGGGGCUCCUUGGAAACCGCAUGGGGCAGUUGAUUCAGAAAUCUCUAGGUGGUGCAAAUGGUUAAGGGCUCGGCUACUAACCAAGAGAUCAAGAGGUUGGUAAUUCAUAACCUACUCAGAGGAGCCUUAGAAGAAAGCCCUGGUGAUCUGCUUCCAAAUGGUCCCAACUUUGAAAACCCUAUGAAGUGCAGUUCUGCUCUGCACAAACGGGGUCACUAUGAGUUGGAAUUGACUUGAUGGCAACGUUUUUUUUGUUGUUAUUGUGAUUCAGAGCUCUCUCUUGGUGUAUUAAUCAGCCCCCCACCCCAUCUCUGGGGCCCGAAUUAUUUGCCCACAUCCCCUUCCCCAGCCCAGGCUCCUUGAAGUCUUACAUGCCAGCCUCCCCAUGGCUCAGGAACCCACACUUCAACCAGCAAAUAGUCACUGAAAACUACAACUCCCAUCAGUCCCUCGGGCAGACAGGUGGCCCCUUGGGACACCUCUGCUGGUCCUUGGGCUGUUGGAGGUUGUUUCCUUUCACUAGAUGUGCAUUCCAGGACCCCAGCAUCCUGACACGUCCCCUCCCUUCCCCUCAGUUCCUGGGGUUAGUGCUCACUGGUGCAAAGCUGGCAGAAGCCGGUGGCGUAGAAGAGCCCUCCUCGCCUCAUGGUGUAGAGCUGGAACAUGAAUAGGAUGAAGGAGAGGCAGCAGAGGAUGAGGGAGAGGACCAUGAGGAUCUGAACCGCCUUCAGCCAGCCUGCAGUAGGAGACAGAGAUGGAAGUCACAGUAGGGUCCAAAGUUCCAAUUCCGUCUAUUUGCACUUCAUUUGCCUCUUGUCUCCCCUUACGCCCCGCUCCCAUUUGGAGCCAUACCCCUUGGGUACUUAGGCAUACCACUUAUAUUGACCUUGUAUCCUAUAACUUUUCUAAAUUCCCUUUUCAGUUCUAGCAGUUGCUUUGCAAAUCCUUUAUGAUUUUCUGCAUAAACGAACACAUCCUCUGGGAAUAGAGACAAUUUUACUUCUUCCUUUCCAAUCUUGACACUUUUUAUUUCUUUUAGUUGUCUUGUAGCACUGGCUACCUCCAGUACAAUGUUCAAUAGAAGUAGUGAGAGCAGACAUUCUUGGCUUGAUCUUGGGGGAAAAGCACUUAUUUUUUCACCUUUUUUCAUUUAGGAUCUUGGAUGCAGCCCCAUUCCUAACUCAGAUGCAUCUGGCUCCACCCCUUUAGACCUUUGGAAGGACAUAGUCCUACCCCUUUAAAAACCUUAAUGUAGCACCAGCCCACCUCCUUGGAACUUGGAACUGAUCCAGCCAUCCAUUGGGAGUACCAGCCCCAUCUCCUUAGAACAUUGGAAACAUAACUCUUUCUUCUCAGAAUCUUGGGGGCUUCCUUUCCACUCCUUAAAUCUAUAUAGCCUGUGGCCCCCACCCUUUUUGAAUCGUAAGGCGAGGGUGGGGGCGCUUCAGUCCAUCUCCUUUAAAGUCUGAGUAUAUUGCCCACCACUGUGCAGGUGGGCAGAAAACCCACUGGCCUCACCCAUUCAGCCUUGAGGCCUGAAUCCCUCCACGCAAAAUUUGGGGAUUCCCAGUCCUUGGUCCCCAGAAACUAGCAGAUCUGUCCCCAUCCAUCCCUCUCACCCCUCACCAUUCUCGCUGACAUUACUGCAGGUCCACGCUUCGGUACUGCUGUUCCAAGUACAAUCGUACCAAAGAUUCAGGGACUCCUUCCCAGGGAGAGUCCACCAGGACUGGGGUGGAUAAAGAAAAGAGGAUAGGGUUAGGAAAGGACAGUGGACAGGGUUAGGGGCCCUGUGGGAGGGGUUAGGAAAAGGAUGAAGUGAUAGGGAAAGGGUGGAACCAGGGAAAGUACGGAUUUAGAAGGAAAGGGGGUGGGGUCAGAGGAAAAGAAAGAUGCUAGGUAAAAGGGGGCGGGGUCAGAAUGGAUUUAGAGGAGGGGCGUGGCGGGCAGUCUGCAGGAGAGCCUGAGGACCUGGUGCUCCAAGUAGCUUACCUUGUCCAAAGUGGCCACGAAAAGCAGGAUGAGGAUGAGGAUGUGAAGGGCCGAGACCACCAGCAGGAGGAGAGACAUAGCUGCGGGCAAGCCCUGGCUGGGGGGAGUCAGGAGGUGGAGUCCCCACUGGUGGAACAGGGGCAGGUGAAACACCCAAAUGCUACUGGUGGAGGGGGCUGGGUACCUGGAAUCCUGGGUCUAAGGGAGGAUGGGUCCUAGGUGCCUGGACUUCCAGGUCUGAGGGAGGAGGGGUCUGGGGGUCUGGACUCCUGAAUCUGGGGUAGAAGGGGCCGGGGAGCCAGGGCUCCUCGGUCUGAGUGAGGAGGGGAGUGGAACUGGGGACUCCUGGGUCUGAGGGAAGAGGGGGCUGGGGCUGGGGACUCCUGGGUUUGAGGGAGCAGGCAGCUGGAUCUGGACUUCUGUGUCUGAGGGAGGAGGACGGCUGAAGGGUUGGACUCAUGCGUUCCCUAGGGGCUGGAGAGGGGAUCGACUUCUGGGGUCCAAAAUCGAGCAGGACUAGGCAUGUAACUCUUAUCUCUUCAGAGACCUGUCCUUGGCCACAUAAGGGCCAGGAUAUGAAAAUUCAAGUUGACACCCUCCAGAUUCAUCAGGAACUAGGGGCUGUCCCCAGGGUCUGGCACCCUUGACUCACCCCACUCCUCUCCUGGGGAGGGGGCGGAUGGGGUGGAGGGGAACCCAGUGACUCAUCUGGUGACUCAUCCCCCCCCCCCCCAGCACCAGGGAAACCCCAGCCCCGGGCUGUGCCCACUAGGUCUCCACCCCACCCUGCUGCCAGACUGGAGCCUGCUGGAAGCCAGGGUCUUUACGGGGAAAACGGACUGAAAUCAGUAUUUGGGGAGAAGGAGGCCCAAGAAGAAGAAACCAGCCUUCCACGACACCUCAGUGUCCAGAAACGGGGGAGCCUGGAGGUUGCGAGGACUUGGGGUGUUCUCAUGCAGAGUCCUCAGGGGAGAGUGGAGACUCCCGGGGGAAAAACCUGCAGGAAGUUUUUUGGGGGGGCUCUUCUGGGACUCUGAAAGCCUGCCGGGCCCCUCCCCUUCGCUUUCCCUCAUCCACGCCCCAAGUGCUAAGAGAUCACUUCUGAAAUUCCAAGGAUUUCCAUGGGACCCGGCCUGGGGAUGUCUAUCCCCAACUGCCGCACUCCCCAAGUCAUGAAAGAAACUUCAGCCAGAAUAACGGACUGGAAACUUACCGAGAGCCGCGGAAAAAGUCAGAGUCGGAGUCUGCUCCCUCGCUAGGGCCUCGGUGCCCCGCCCUUCACCUCCCUCCUUCCACCCUCUGGAGGCCCCCGCCUCCCUCGCAGCCUGCCUCCCUCCCUCCCUACUCACUCUCCCCUCUGGCUCACCCUCUCUUUCUCCCCUUCAGUCUUGGAACUUUUGCUUGCUCUCUUUCUCCUUUUGCCUCUUGUCUCUCUUUCUCCUGUCCCUCCUCACUGCCCAGGCCUCCUUCUUUCUCUUCUCUCACUGUCCUGAUUUCUCUUUCUCUGCUCCUCUCAAUAUAUACUGACCCUUUUAUACCCACCCUAGCCGCACCCAGCUGAGGUCUGCAGCCAGGGGGAGGGCCCAGAUUCUUAGGUUCCUCCUUCUCCUGGCCCCCACCCGCUGCCCCCCAGACGGGUAUCUCUGGGGCUACCUCCCAGUGUGGAGAUGAGAAAUUCUCCCAGGGAAGCUUUGGGGUGGGGCUGGCUUCAGGGGCUGAUUCUCAGGCCUCCAUGUCUUGGCCUGGGACUGGAUGUCUGUUGCUUGGUGGGGCUUGGGGCUGGACACUCAGAAUGGAGGGGGUUCAGGGAAGGAGGCUGCAUUCCGGAGGACUGGAAUGAACUGGGGGCUGGUGGAGCUGGUACCAUGAUAGGGGAGAGGGGUCAAAAAAAAACCAAACCCAUUUCGGUUGGGUCGAUUACAACUCAUGGUGACCCCCUGUGUUACAGAGUAGAACUGCUGCAUAGGGUUUUCUUGUGUAAGGAAGGAGCCCUGGUGGCACAGAGGUUAAGCAUUCAACUACUAACUGAAAAGUUGUCGGUUUGAAUCCACCAGCAGCUCCAUGGAAGAAAGAUGUGGCAGUUGGCUUCUGUAAGGAUUUACAGCCUUGGAAACCCUAUGGGACAGUUGUACUCUGUCAUAGGGUCACUACGAGCCAGAAUUGACUCAAUGGUAAUGAUUUUUUAAUCUUUGUGGAAGUAGAUCACCAUGCCUUUCUUCCUCUGUGCUGCUGCUGGGUGGGUUCAAACCACCAACCUCCAGGUUAGUACACUUUGCCACCCAGGGACCAUUGGCAGGGGCUACAGGGAUGGAAAAUGGAAUAUGUGAGACUCUGGAAGGUGACAAGAGUUGGAAGUUAUGAAUCUCAGCUCCAUUAUUUCCUGGCUGGUUGACCUCGGACCAAUUAUUGGUUCCUAAUCUGUGAAGUGGUUAUAAUAAAGGCAACACUGCUAAUGAUAAUAAUACUGUAACCA